AUUGAAAUAAGGCCUUCUGGAAAGUAAGCAAAGAUAAAACAUGGACUGUAUACUGUAGGGCCUAUGUUCAAGUUUAUUGUUUUUGUACUAAGAUAAAGAAAACAAAUGUUCCUACUAAAACUGUGGAUGAAGAGUUCAGCUUCUCCUCUAAUGGCUGGAGUAGUAACCCCCAAGAGUGCUGGAAUCAAGAAGUAUGCAGUUGUUACAGGGGCAAACAAAGGGAUUGGAUUAGAGAUAUGCAGGCAGUUGGCGUCUCAGGGUGUUUGUGUGGUGUUGACGGCAAGAAACGAGAAGAGGGGGCUUGAUGCUGUUGAGAUGCUCAAGAAGUCUGGGCUUUCUGAUUACAUAAUGUUUCAUCAGCUCGAUGUGAUGGAUUCAGCAAGUAUCAAUUAUCUUGCUGGGUUUAUCAAGUCUGAAAUUGGAAAGCUCGAUAUCUUGGUGAACAACGCUGGGGUUAAUGGAAUCACUGAGAGUGGGACUGGUGGAGCAAAAGGCAAAGGGAAUGCUUAUGAAUUAGCAGUAGAAUGUAUGCAAAUAAACUACUUUGGCACCAAAAGAACCACCGAAGCACUACUUCCCCUACUCCACCUCUCUGAUUCUCCAAGAAUUGUUAACGUCUCAUCGACAAUGGGAGCGCUGAGUGGUAUACGCAAUAAAUCAGCUAGGGAAACACUCAACGACGUUGAGAACCUCACAAAAGAACGCAUUGACCAAGUACUAAACGAGUACCUUAAAGACAUCAAGGAGGGGUCUGCAGAAGCCAAAGGCUGGCCUAGUUAUUGGGGUGUGUAUUGUGUCUCAAAAGCAGCUGUUACUGCGUACACGAGGCUUCUGGCAAAGAAGUACCCGAAAAUGCUGAUUAAUUGUGUGUGCCCCGGCUGGGUGAAGACCGAUCUCAGCAACCAUUCUGGGCCAUUGAGACCCGAAGAAGGCGCCAAAAGUCCGGUGAGGCUGGCCCUGUUGCCUGAUGAUGGACCUUCGGGCUUGUUCUUUAAUCGGAUGCAAGUUUCGUCUUUUUAGGAAUGAUCAUGCCUGUGCAUAAGUAAUGUUGGGACUGAUAUUGUGAACAAAUUUUGAUAUUUCCGGGUGAAUAGAACUGUCUUGUAAAGGUAUUUGACAUUUUUGUGUAAGAUUUUCUUUUGCAGUAUGUCUUGGUUUUGGUCAAAUAUCAUGUUAUGAGGCUGACUACGCAGGUAGUCUUUGACAUCUCAUAUUUGGAACGGUUGAGGUUCUGAUUUUCCCCA